GACAGCUGUCUCCUGAGACACCAGUUGUAACAGUGCUUCCAAUGGCAGGUCGAACCAAGAGCCCUGGUAUAGGCAGCCACAGAACAGGGAACACUACCAUAGAAGAAUACCGUAGAGCACUACAGCCAGACAACUUCAGCAAAGACAACAUUCUCAGCACAGAGAGAAGGAAAAACACCAAAACAGUCCAAAUAGACAACUGCCAAAGUGACAGGACAGACAUCAGGACUGGCAUCUCUGUGAGAGACAACAUUAGCACAGAGAAGUUGGGCCACCUAAGCUACAGGGCAGAGGCCCUAAGAGAAGACACUCACUUUAGAAAUGAUUGUAAGCAGCUCAGAAUGGACCAACUUCGGACAGUCCACCCCAAAGCAGACAGCAUUGGGAUAGAUCUGGGUAGAGACCUCCGUAGGACAGACAUUGCAGAUCAUCACUCUGGAGUCUCAGAUGACCAGAGGUCAAAGGACCUGGAGACCAACAUCAUUGGGACAUCACCAUCCCAGUCCAAUGUUUUGCACCCGUGGCAGGUUUGGGACGGAGGUGCCAGAUAUCAGUCGAGGUCCUUGCUCUGUGAUGUUGGCACACACCUGACUGCCCUAGCCCAGAGUCCUCACUCCAUCCCAGGCCCUGACACUGAACCUAUCAUGGUGUUUAGGGCCCAGAGGGAAAGUGCGAUGGAAAGGAACCAGCACAGCAGCAUUCGGCAGCAGCACCAACCUAUGGCCAUUUCACAUCAGGUGGUCCUGCAGAAAGACAUAGGGCCUUACUGCUCCUCCCGUGAUGCCGCCACUCAGACCUAUAUCUGUGCCCUUACCCACACACCUGCACUGAAAACAGGGGAGGCAGGUGGGUGUCAAACAUCAGGGGUACACUUUACAUUUCUAUGA